CGUGACGUCCCCCUUCGUAACGCAAGAUGGCGGCGCCCAUGUUGCUUCCCGAGUCCCCGCUGGGGAAGUUGAGCCAUCAAAAAUACAGAGCUAUUCUGAAGAAAGAAAAGCGAAAAAAAAAGCGACAGGCUCUUGCCAAACUAAGGGACUCAGAAGCUGCAGAAAAAGAUGAAUCAGUGUCUGAGGAGGAAGAGGAGGAACUGGAAGAAGAAGAGGAGGAGGAAGAAGAAGAAGAAAAAAAGCUUGAGGCAGAAAGACAAAAACUACAUGAACAGUGGUUGCUGAGAGAAGAAAAGGCCCAAGAAGAGUUCAAGCUUAAGAAAGAAAAAGAAGAAGCUGCAAGAAAACGCCAGGAAGAAGAAGAGAGGAAGAUCAAAGAAGAAUGGGAAGAGCAGCAAAGAAAAGAAAGAGAAGUGGCACAGCAGAAGCAACAGGAGAAGAAAGAGAGAGAGGCAGCUGUGCAGAGGAUGCUGGAUCAAGCUGAAAGCCAGCUGGAGAAUGGUGUGACCUGGCAUAACCCAGAGCCCCCAGAGAAUAUAGGAACAGAGAAGGACAGAGCAAAUUGCCCAUUCUAUAUAAAAACAGGCUCCUGCCGAUUUGGAGACAGAUGUUCCCGCAAGCAUAACUACCCAACAUCGAGCAAGACGCUCCUGGUGCGAGGGAUGUUCAUCACCUUCGGCAUGGAGCAGUGCCGCAGGGAUGACUACGACACAGACGCGAGUCUGGAGUACAGUGAUGAGGAGACCUAUCAGCAGUUCCUGGAGUUCUACGAGGAUGUGCUCCCUGAAUUUCAGAAUGUGGGGAAAGUUGUUCAAUUCAAGGUCAGUUGCAACUAUGAGCCUCACCUGCGAGGAAAUGUCUACGUCCAGUAUCAGUCGGAAAAGGACUGUCAGGCAGCUCUUGCUUUAUUCAGUGGACGAUGGUAUGCAGGCCGACAGCUUCAUUGUGAAUUUUGUCCUGUGACAAGGUGGAAAACUGCGAUAUGUGGCUUAUUUGAAAGGCAGAAGUGUCCAAGAGGGAAACACUGCAACUUUCUUCAUGUAUUCAAAAAUCCAAACAAUGAGUUUUGGGAGGCCAAUAGAGACAUACGUACUUCUCCUGAACGGACUAGUCAGUUGUCUAAAAACUCUGAAAGGAGAAACAGAACGAGCCAUCGUGAUGACUAUUACAGCCGGUCGAGGAGAAGGGGCAGCCCAAGCCCAGAGAACUCGUACCGGAGAAAUGGAGAAUCGGAGAGGAAAAAGAAUCGCCGCAAAAACAAGAGAAGGCGCCGGUCUGGCAGAUCACGAAGUCGGGAAAGGAGGAGGUCCCGCAGCAGGGGGAGGAAGAGGAGAGGCCGCAGUCGCAGCAGAAGUCAUAGUCGAACACGCAGUAGGAGCAGAAGUCGGAGUUCCUCUCGAUCCAGGAGCAGGGGUAAAAAGAGAUCAAGCAGCAGAGGAAAAAAUAGCGAAACUCCCAAAACAAAGUGAGAAUUCUAUUUGGAAGUUGCUAAUUGAUGAAACAUAGAGCUGACAAGUCUUUCCAAUAGGGCAUCAGAUAUAUUUGAGUUUCAAAUAAAGUUCUUGCACAUUAAAACGUUUCUUCCUAAUAAAGGAACCUAGUUUAUUGUGUGCUAAACUUCAGAACAUUAAAAGUUUAAGUCCUAUAUAAGGUGUGAAUGUCAAGUACUCUAGCUACUCUGUCCCCUUGGACUGCUGCAACACCUGGAUGCAUACCAAGUACAAAUAGAAAGAAAAGUAAAGCUUAUUUGGUAUAUGCUUAUUUCCGUGUUAUGUGUGUGUUAAGUGUUUGCUGUCCCUGUAAGGAGUUAGUACAGAACAGCCAGUGUGCUGUAAAUUCACACCCCAGCAUACUGCAAAUUGAAGUCUGUGUCGAAGACUGCCAGUUACAUUUUCUGUCUGUUUAUGGGAAAUCUCUUUCUAGGCAAAGUAAAUAUAAUCGUGUUCUGAGUUGGAGAAUAGGGAUCUAAAAGACAUCACUGUUUGAUUGUACAAUACAUGCCCAGUAGGAGCUUUGUGGUCAUAAGUGCUGGAUUUUUCUCUCCCUGACUGAGCUGCUGAGCUAAUUGCCUGUAGGGAUUGCAGUAGACUAAAACAGAGUAGGAAAUUCACAGAAAAACAAUCAAUUUAUUCAGUACCUUAAUCCUCAAGUAAGAGUGGAGACCAUGCACUUGUAAUCCUCGACUGAGGAUAAAAAUACUUUGCAUACCUUUUGGUCACAUACCAUUUGUAGUUGAAAACAACCUGCCUAACCUGUGAUGAGUAGUGGAAAAGUGUACAUCUGUUAUCUGAAGAUGCAUGUAUUAGUUGCGAAGGUUCAAGAUGGUUCAGAGUGGCUAAAGAAACGGAAGAUUUUACACCUGAAACAAUACUUAAGGUUUUUUUGGAGAGGAGGACUUGACUUCAACCUUUCUAGGUUUUUUUUUCCCAGUUUAAGACACCCUACUGCCUAGCUUCCCUAUGGUCAAGGUGGAGAGCAGGGAACAAAAUCAAAGUUUUCAGGACAAAACCUUUUUGAAAUGACAGCUGUAUUAGCCAAGUACCUGCAAUUAGAUAAAUUCUUACAAAUAGUUGUUCACUUUUAAAUGAACGAUCUGUGCUGUUAGACAGAUGUACUUCACACUGCUUCAUGUCAGGUAUUUAACUUGGGCACCUAGGCGUCUGCAGUUGCCAGGAGAGCAGUUUGUGGCACUGGUGGCACUGAGGGUGCAAAUGGCCUGAAUGGUCUGUAGAGAUGCCUCCCUCUCCAAAGAACUUGGGCUCCUGCCUUCAGAGUACAGUUCAGACCAGCUCAGUUAGGAGCCUAAGUAGACAUAAAGUGUUUCCAGGUAGAUCCUCAUUACAACUCCAACAGUGUAACAUAAAGUCCCACAGAAAAUCUGGAUAUCCAAACUUUAUGAUAGCAUUCCUCACAGCAAGGUUUUUCCACCCAGGAUAGUUAAGAGAGAAUGAAUGAGCAUUGUUUCUGGAUCUAAUAUAUAUAUUUUUGCUUUUCUAAAUGCAUACUGCACCUGGCUAGCAUGCUGAGUAUACAUUUUCCUUCUUUCAUGUGUAACUGUUGUCCAAUAUGGAGAUACAACAAAAGUGCUAUAUAUUGAUGUUCAGUUCAAACACAACUUUCACUAUAUAUUGUCAUAACUGUAGGCAGAAUUGUAGCUUAGUUAAUUUGGUUAAAUGUUUUGGUUAUUAACAGAUGUAAGAAUUGUAAUUUAAUAGCAUAACUUUUGAGUAAUAGCUUUGUUGGAAAGGCAUAUUUCCAAGGAUAGACAGCACUAAGUUUUAAAUUAUAUUUGAGAAUUUUGUGACCACCAGUUUUUCAUAAUGUAUCUUUUUCCAACUAGACCUUACAGAUAGAUUUUUUUCCCCAAGGUUUCUAUUUUUUCAUGGAUGCUCACUUGUCUAGUUGGGUCACUUGUGCAGAAUAUGGCAAACUGGUUCAGUUCCCUGGAGCAGAAUUGAACUGGCAUGUCCUGCUUGCCAAGAGGCACCACCGACAGGCCAGUGACACCUCCUGUUCCCUGGUGCUGCCUUGCAUCCCACUAUGUAAUGCUGCUGAGCUUGGCCCCUGGUUAAGGCUCUCAGGUAGAAGAGCUGACUUAGGCCAUCUGUAGUUCCUUGUACAUCCUGUGUCCUGCAGCAGGCUUUGGCUGAGCCUUAUCUGGGUGAAAUCCAUUAACAAGCUCAAACAGAAGUGGUGGAAUGGGUGGUGGGAACCUGUGACCAGUCGGGUGAAAUAAGCAAAGCAAGCCUCUGCAGGAUUAGAAACCAAGUGCCAACUGAGACCAUAUGAGAAUUCCACAAGUAAUUAGGCUCCUUGUCCCCAUGGUUUUGUAAUGGGAUCUGGGAGGCUGAGCUGCUGUAUUUUUUUUAAUAAAAGUUCUUAUAAUAAUAAAAAAAAAAAGUCUUGCUCAGAGAUGCAUGUACAAAAUUAAAUAUACUUUAUUUCUGCUACUGUAAUGGCUGAAGCUUUCAGCUUUGUUCCUUGAGGCCUGGACCCAAACUAACUGGCUGUACCUGUGCAGUGUAGGACUGGCAGCUGUAAUUAUAAUUCAUUUUCACAUACAGUGUGUUUAUUACACAGAAAUUGAGUGCUGUAGAUCCAACAUGUAGUUUGCAUUUGUUAGCAUGAAACCUGGAAUUCAACCAGUUUUCUAACUUCAGAGUUCAUAUAUUUUUCAGUAUUGUUUCUCUACUUCAUAAUCUUAAGUAGUGUUAUAUGCAUGUGUUUCCUUUGUGUUUCCUUAUUAGCCGAGUGAGCUAUUUAUUCUGAAGAGACAAAGAGACUAGGAGUUUUUAAGUGUUAAGCUCAAUUAUUUUUUUUCCAAAAUGGAGAGAAGCCCUAGACAAACACAGAAAGGAUUUAAAUUUGCAAGGAAUAGCUUGUUCUCACUGUGCGUUAUUCUCCAUAUUCCACUUAAAAGGACCUUAUAAAAUAAUACUGGCCAAGUUUUGGGGUUUUUUUGGUGUGUUUUUCAUGACUGCUUAAGAGCAGUGGCUUCCAAAACUCUUUCAGUUGUGACUUCUGCAAGGAUCAGUGAGGUGCUUUAUAGUGAUGAUUAAAGCAAGAGCUGCAAGAUGUUGUUUAGGGCCUGCCAGGCAGCUCCUUCAGCAGUCAGAACGGAGAGCGAGUGCUGCUCCUACCCUUCUUCCAUGGAAGGAGGAACACAGCCAAGCUGGGCAGAGAGAUUGUUUUUCUAGUGGCAGAAGGGCAAUAAUGCCAGUGUGUUAGGGACUCCUGCAAACACAGGUAGUGUUACUGCCCAGCACCAAGAAACUGGGCUUGCCCUGACAGCAGCAUGCCCUUGAGUUCUGACUGGUGGUUGCUUCCAUGUGUUUUUCUUUCUGCCUGUAGCUAACCACCAUCACUGGGGAGUGAGAAGGGCCAGCAUACCUCCAUGUGCUGAAUGUAAGGCUUUCAUUUGUUAGGGAGGGAGAACAAGCGCACACAAGAACACCUUCCUUCUCUAGGAUGGGUGGUCUGAAAAGCAUCCUAAGUAACUUCUCAGCUUUAUGUCCCUUGAUGAUGGGAUGUCUUUCUCAGAUUCAGUUUUGCAUUGCCCCAUUCACACAGAAUCUCAGAAUGGUAGGGGUUGGAAGGAACCUUGAAAGAUCAUCCAGUCCAACCCCCCGGCAAGAGCAGGAUCACCUAGAGUAGCUCACAGGAAUGUGUCCAGGCAUGAAUGUUUCCAGAAGAGACUCCACAACCUCUCUGGGUAGCCUGUUCCAGUGCUCUGUCAGGAAUUGCCCUGAAGUUUACCAAUGACAUUCCUGAGCACUAAGAAAGAUUUUUUUUUUUUUUUUUCAAAAAAGAUGUAAAAGCCUGCUUAAAGAUGCUAUUGCUUCCUUGAGGAUAGAUUUAGAUUAGAUACUAGGAAGAAAUUAUUCACUAUGAGGGUGGUGAGACACUGGCACAGGUUGCCCAGAGAAGCUGUGGCUGCCCCCUUACUGCAAAUGUUCAAGGGCAGGCUGGAUGGGGCCUGGGGCAACCCGGUGUAGUGGGAGAUGUUCCUGCCCAUGGAGGGGGAGUUGGAACCAGAUGGUCCGUAAGGUCCCUUCCAGCCCACACCCUUCUGUGAUUCUAUGAUUUCUGUCCUGCACCAGCACUUCUUACAAAACAUGGAAGUCUUAUGUUGGUUAACAACUUCAAAGCUUAGUUUACUUUCUUACACUAUCUGAGAACAGCUGAGAUUGUUUUUAUUCUAAGUUGGUUGUACUUAAAAUAAACCUCUAUUACUCCACAUAUCCUUCUAUUCAGCAAUGAUGUAUCAGCUGAAUUUUUAAGAAAAUAAGUAACAUUGGUAAGUUACUUUUCAGUAAACUCAAAGCGUGAUUAGAAAGCCAUACAAACAUGGCAUGGGGUAAGUCAAGAAGGGCAGCCACAGGGUGACCAUCCUGGCAUGAACUCAAAAGGAACAGCAGAAUUUUAGGAAAGCCUCUUCAAGUUAAAGACUAAGAUUCAAUAAUGAAGUUGAAGACACUCAAGCCAACAAUCACUUGCCUCAACAAUCCAGCAAUUCUAACAGAUGCUUUAGCUCCCUCCUACCUCUUCCCACUAAAAGCAAAUUAAUCUGAGACAUUUUUGGUUGAGAUUAAGAUUGUGAACAGUGCAUUGAGUUAUUCAUGUCCAUGUAAGGAACAGCAUCUUGAGUCUGUAUUUUCCAGAACCCUGUCUCAAUCAACAUGUGGUUUAAUUUUCAAAUCAAGUGGCACUACCGCAUCAAUUUAACAUCCACUUUAAUAAAUUCAGUGUUUAAUGUGGUAAGCCUUCCAAAAAACUUGCUAAUUUAUUGCUUUCUGUACAAUUUAAGUGGAUGUAAAUAACUAAUCCUGGACACAGCAUAAUCGCACAUUUUUUUUAAUAAAGUGCUCAAGAACCGGUUAAGCACUGUAAUAAAAAUUCCCUUUUUUUAAGCUA